UGCUCUGCGCCGGAAGAUGCAGUCUUCGCGUCCUCGUCCCACAACACCGACCUCUUCCCCGGCAGCCGGAGACCCCAGGAUAUGAGCCGAAAGAGGCAUCGCCUGGUCCCGGACACCUUUGGGCUGAAGAGGCGGCGGGAACCGAGGCAGGCAGAGGCGGACCCUCUCAGGGGCGAGUCAGGGUCCGCGCGCGCGGCCGUCGCCGAGCUGGUGCAGCUGUUCCCGCGAGGCCUGUUCGAGGACGCGCUGCCGCCCAUCGCGCUGAGGAGCCAGGUGUACAGUCUCGUGCCCGACCGGACGGCGGCCGACCGGCAGCUGGUGAGGGGCGUCGGAGCGACGGACGGAAGCCGCUUCCCUGCCUCGACCCCAUCACUCAGACACCCGGGCGGCCGGCCAGCCGCUCUGCCAUUCAGCAGGCGUCAGAAGGAGCUUCAAGAGCAGGGGGAGAUCAGAAUCAUCCAGCUAGGCUUUGACUUGGAUGCUCAUGGAAUUAUCUUCACUGAAGACUACAAGACCAGAGUCCUCAAGGCCUGUGAUGGCCGACCAUAUGCAGGGGCAGUGCAGAAGUUUCUGGCUUCGGUGCUUCCAGCCUGUGGGGAUCUUAGCUUCCAGCAGGAUCAAAUGACACAGACCUUCGGCUUCAGGGACACAGAGAUCACGCAGCUGGUGAAUGCUGGAGUCCUCACUGUCCGAGAUGCUGGGAGUUGGUGGCUAGCCGUGCCUGGAGCUGGAAGAUUCAUCAAAUAUUUUGUUAAAGGGCGCCAGGCUGUCCUUGGCAUGGUCCGGAAGGCCAAGUACAGGGAGCUACUCCUUUCAGAGCUCUUGGGCCGGCGGGCACCUGCAGCGGUGCGACUCGGCCUCACCUACCACGUGCAUGACCUCGUUGGGGCCCAGCUGGUGGACUGUGUCUCCACUACUUCUGGAACUCUCCUCCGCCUGCCAGAGACAUGAGGAUUCUGUUGGUCAUUGCAUACCUCCCCAGAGUCGGGUGAGAGGGAUCCAGGAGUACUGUCCAGUGGUGGCUGAGAUAGGGUCACCUUGGGAGCCAGGAUGGGUGUUGAGGUUGCAUCUGCGCAAAGGGUCAGACGUGACUGCUGCUGUUUACCUGGGCUCUGACCCAGUUGUGGGGUUUGGGCAGUGGUUCUCUGUCCUUCUGUGGAAGUGGAGCCAGAAACCAUAUCAAGGCCAUUGCUGCUGCCUUUCAUACAACAAAAGUACUGCUGUUAUUCUCUUGGGAUAGGAAAAUGGGAUUUCUGGGGAGGCUGAUAAGGGAGGGCAGAGUUUCCUUUUCCUACAUGCUGGGUUAACACUGCAAAUAAAGUAGUUCUUUGCUUGUGCUAUU